AUGGAGGUGGUGGGGGACUUUGAGUACAGCAAGAAGGACCUGAUAGGACACGGAGCCUUUGCUGUGGUCUUCAAAGGUCGCCACCGCAAGAAAACUGAUUGGGAAGUAGCCAUAAAGAGUAUUAACAAAAAGAACUUGUCGAAGUCACAAAUCCUACUUGGAAAAGAAAUAAAAAUCUUAAAGGAACUUCAGCACGAGAACAUUGUAGCUCUUUAUGAUGUCCAGGAAAUGCCCAAUUCUGUCUUUUUGGUCAUGGAGUACUGCAAUGGUGGCGACUUGGCAGAUUACUUACAAGCUAAGGGGACUCUGAGUGAGGACACCAUCCGAGUGUUCCUGCAGCAGAUUGCAGCAGCCAUGCGCAUCCUGCACAGCAAAGGCAUCAUCCACAGGGACCUGAAACCCCAGAACAUUCUGCUGUCCUACGCCAGCCGCAGGAAAUCCAGCGUCAGUGGCAUCCGCAUCAAAAUAGCUGACUUUGGGUUUGCUCGUUAUCUGCACAGCAACAUGAUGGCUGCAACUCUGUGUGGCUCCCCUAUGUACAUGGCCCCUGAAGUGAUUAUGUCUCAACACUAUGAUGCUAAAGCAGACCUGUGGAGCAUAGGAACUGUGAUAUAUCAGUGUCUUGUUGGAAAACCACCUUUUCAGGCUAAUAGUCCUCAAGAUUUGAGAAUGUUUUAUGAAAAGAACAGGAAUUUGAUUCCUAGCAUUCCUAGGGAAACAUCAUCUUACCUGGCUGACCUGCUGUUGGGUUUGCUUCAGAGAAACCAAAAGGAUAGAAUGGACUUUGAAGCAUUUUUCAACCACCCUUUCCUGGAUCACGUUUCAACAGUGAAAAAAUCUUGUCCUGUACCAGUGCCCACAUACCCAGGCUCAGUCUCUGGCAGUUCCUGUGGUAGCUCUCCUUGUCGCUUUGCUUCUCCUCCAUCUCUGCCAGACAUGCAGCACAUUCAAGAAGAAAAUUUGUCUUCCCCUCCACUGGGUCCUCCUAACUAUCUUCAAGUCUCUAAAGACUCUGCCAGUACCAGUAGCAAGAACUCUUCUUGUGACACAGAUGACUUUGUUCUUGUCCCACACAAUAUCUCUUCAGACCAUUCAUAUGACAUGCCUUUGGGAGCAGCUGGCAGGCGGGCUUCCAGCGAGUUCUUGAUGUGUGGAGGGCACUGUCAGCCUUCCGUGUCCCCCCGCAGCGAGACGGCGCCGAUCCCGGUUCCCACCCAGCUCCGGAAUUACCAGCGCAUAGAACAGAAUCUCUCCUCCACUGCCAGCCCCGUGUCAAACCCUCACGGAUCACCCAGAGCUGGGGUUGUGAGACGCUCCAACACCAGCCCCAUGGGGUUCAUGAAGAUGGGCUCGUGCUCUCCAGUGCCAGCAGACACUGCCCAGGCCGUGGGGCGCAGGUUGUCCACAGGAUCUUCCAGACCAUAUUCUCCUUCACCACUAGUUGGAACCAUACCUGAGCAGCUUGGGCACUGUUGUUGUGGACAACUCCAAGGACAUGAAUCAAGGAGUAGAAACUUCUCAGGUUCUCCUAUACCACCAUCUCAGUCUCCACAGUCACUUUUGAUGGGAGCGAGGUUGCAGAGUGCUCCUACUCUCACAGAUAUCUACCAAAACAAGCAGAAGCUCAGAAAGCAGCAUUCAGACCCAGUCUGCCCAUCCUAUGCUGGGUAUGGAUACAGUCAUUCUCCACAGCCAAGCAGGCCAGGUAGCCUGGGAACAUCCCCUACCAAGCACAUGGGAUCCUCACCCAGGAGCUCAGACUGGCUCUUCAAAACCCCACUGCCAACAAUCAUUGGCUCUCCCACUAAGGCAACAGCUCCUUUCAAAAUACCUAAAACUCAAGCGUCCUCCAACUUGCUGGCCCUGGCAAAUCGCCAGGGCUUGGCUGAAACCCCACUGCAGCCUAAAGAUAUCACUGACCCAAGGGACUUCACACACUUCCACUCCAGCCAGGCAGCUGACAAACAGACAGGAGAGCAGCACAGCAAAACCACCUUUGGCAGGUCUGUUAGUACUGGGAAGCUGUCAGAUCAACAGGUAAAGACCACCCUUGGGGGCCAGUUAUACCAAGGCAGUACAGACAGUCUCAACACAGAGAGGCCAAUGGAUACAGCUCCAGCAGGAGCCUAUGGAAUUGCAAUGGCAACUCCAUCCAUAGGAAGUGGAGCAAGUUCUCGUGCUGUUAUGUUCACUGUGGGGUCCCCUCCAAGCAGUGCCACCCCUCCCACCUGCACCCACAUGGUCCUCAGAACCAGAACCACCUCAGUGGGAUCAAACAGUUCUGGAGGGUCUCUGUGCUCCACUAGUGGCCGUGUUUAUAUGGGCUCUCCUCCUGGUAUUUAUAUGGGCUCCUCUCCUCCGGGGGCCGAGGCGGCUCCGAGUCUGAAGUACAUCCCUUAUGGUACUUCCCCUCCCAGCCUAGAGGGCUUUAUCACUUUUGAAGCUCCUGAAUUGCCUGAGGAAACCUUAAUGGAGAGAGAGCACACAGACACGCUGCGUCACCUAAACAUGAUGCUGACAUUUACAGAGUGUGUUCUGGAUCUGACAGCAGUGAGAGGAGGAAACCCAGACCUGUGCACUUCUGCUGUGUCACUGUACCAGAUCCAGGAGAGCAUCGUUGUGGAUCAGAUCAGCCAGCUCAGCAAAGAAUGGGGACAAGUGGAGCAGCUGGUGUUGUAUAUGAAAGCUGCCCAGUUACUGGCAUCUUCUCUGCAUCUUGCCAAAGCACAGGUCAAAUCUGGGAAACUGAACCCAUCCACUGCUGUUAAGCAAGUUGUGAAAAGCCUCAACGAGAGAUACAAAUUCUGUAUUGGAAUGUGCAAAAAGCUGACAGAAAAGUUGAAUCGUUUCUUUUCGGACAAGCAAAGGUUCAUUGAUGAAAUCAACAGUGUAACUGCAGAGAAACUCAUCUACAGCUGUGCUGUGGAAAUGGUGCAGUCAGCAGCUCUGGAUGAGAUGUUCCAGCAAACUGAAGAUAUCACAUAUCGAUACCACAAGGCAGCCCUGCUGCUGGAGGGACUGAGUAAAAUCCUGCAAGACCCUGCAGAUAUAGAAAAUGUACACAAGUAUAAAUCCAGCAUCGAGCGAAGGCUUUCUGCACUCUGCUACAGCACAGUGGCUGUGUAUGAGCAGUAGGAAUAUCCUGAGGACCAGAUGGUGUGAACAUAAGGGACCACAUCAGUGAUACUGCACUUUUUUCACUACAGCUUCAUUGUUGUCCUUGUUCUGCCCCAUGUGGAAGAUGAUUCUUACAUUUCUGUGGUGACUACCAAAGAAACAGCAGCAUAUUCAAAGAGGAGAAAUUCCAAAAGUACACUUGCCUUAUUGAU